GUUGCUGAGCUAAAGACCAAAUACAAAUUAGAAUUUGAGGCUAUAAUGCAACCACAAAGAACAGCAACUGGUUAUCGCAUUGAGCCAGCCCGUUUGGUCGAAUGUCUGCAUUACCUUUACUAUUGGCUUCCUAAAGAACAGUGGUGGCACCUUUAUGGUGAUGGCAGAAAGUAUGGCAAGAAGGACACUGUUAUGAUCGCUAUUAGCAAUGUAAACAAUGAGCAGAAGUUAAAUGGAAUAAAAUUCCAAAGCCCGAAAGAAAUGUGGCCUAUUCAUAUUUUUCAUCACAAGGACAGCCGUCGAAACCUUGAGCUUAACAUUGAGAUGGUCAUGGUGGACCAGGUAUAUGCACACUUACAUGUUAAACAUUUAUAA